UUAUGGGCGGCGCUAGUGAAAAAUUGUAAACAGUGGGCACGUGUGAUCUGUCAAAAGUACAGACGUAGUCGGUCUUUAUGCUUCGACACGCAAUGGACAGGGUGUUAGUAGUAGGGUCAGGGUUAACAGGGGCAGUGACAGCUGCUCUCUGUAGACAAAAUCUCCCCUCCAGACCAGACAUUUUUAUAUGGGACAAAUCACAAGGCGCAGGUGGUCGAAUGUCAACAAGUCGAUGUCCAUCUGAUAAUAAAUGUACAGUUGAUUUAGGAGCACAAUAUAUUACAUUAUCUAAAGAAUAUACAGUUAAACGAACAGGAUUAUAUCAAGAUCUGGUAGAGAAUGGCGUUUUAUCACCAAUGCAAGGAAAAAUGGAGGGUGACAAUUCGGCAGAAGGCUCACAGCAUUUUGUUACUCCAAAAGGAGUUAGCUCCCUUGUCAAAUAUUAUCUUGGUUUGUCAGAAGCCAAUGUUCAGUAUAGUCGUACUGUUAAUAGAAUAGAUUAUAGUAAUAGUAAUGGUAAAGAUAUAGUUAAAGUAUCAACUAAUACAGGUGAAUGUGAAGAUUUUGAUGCUGUUAUAUUAACUCUACCUGUACCUCAGUUACUACAGUUACAAGGAGAUAUAAUUAAAACUAUAGAGAAUUCAGGUGAUAUCAAACAGAAUCUAGAACAAGUAUCCUAUUCUUCUAGAUUUGCUCUGGGUUUAUUUUAUGAUAAAGGAACCAAGUUGAAUUAUGACUGGUGUGCUAAAUAUUUUCCUGAUCAUGAAUGUAUCCGAUAUGUCAGUAUUGAUAACAAGAAGAGAGGAAUAGAAAAUGAAGAUACAGCCCCAUCAGUGGUUGUUCAUACGAAUGUUGUACCGUUUGGUUUAAAAUAUCUAGAAACAGAUAAAGAAGAAGUUGGACCAAUUGUAUUAAAACAUUUACAUGCCUUAUUACCAGGUUUACCACAACCAAAUCAUGUCAAAAACCAUAAAUGGCGGUAUUCACAGGUACAUAAGCCAUAUGCUGGUAAAGAGGGUUGUAUUGUAUUACAAGAGAAGCCAUUAGUUAUAGUUGGUGGAGAUGGUUUUACACAGUCUGGUUUUGACGGUUGUGUCGACUCGGCAGAAUCUAUUAUAAACUCUAUCCAAAAACUAUUGAACAAAGACGGUUGAACUGUCGAGAGUCUGAUGUGAGAUAUAUAAAUUUGAUAUAUACAUGGCUGUGAUGUCAAUUAAUAUUAACUACAAUUUUAUGUAGGUGUUUGUAUGAAAUAAAAUAAUUUUGUUUA